ACCGUAAACUAGCAAGCGCGCACAGAGCUGUCUGAGCAUCUUAACAGUUUUUACUAAAACUUUACAUCGUCCACACUUUGAGAGUGACAUAGAAUAAUGUCGGAUGUAGGAUCUGAUGAGUUUGAUGAUGAACGCAGUAAACACGGGGAAUAUGAAGGAGACAGAAAUGAAGCUGGAGAGAGACACGGAGUCGGUAAAGCUGUUCUGCCCAACGGAGACAUUUAUCAAGGACAGUACGAGAACGGCAGAAGACACGGACAGGGGACAUAUCGCUUCAAGAAUGGGGCAAGAUAUGUGGGAGACUAUUACCAGAACGUGAAACAUGGACAGGGCACCUUCUACUAUCCAGAUGGAUCUAAAUAUGAAGGGUCGUGGGUUGAGGAACUGAGACAGGGUCAUGGUGUCUACACUUACCCUAAUGGUGACACCUAUGAUGGAGAGUGGCUGCAUCAUACAAGGCAUGGCCAGGGCGUUUACCACUACAAGGAAACUGGCUCAGAAUACAAGGGCUCAUGGGUGAAUGGCAAGAUGGAGUCAGCUGGAGAGUACAUCCACUCUAACCACAGAUACAAGGGUAACUUUGUCAACAAUAAUCCGUAUGGCCAGGGGAAGUAUGUGUUCGACACUGGCUGUGAGCAGCAUGGUGAAUACCACCAAGCAGAGCAGCCAGCUACCAAUGAGGAGAACGGUCAAAAUAUCAAAACACAGAAGCUGCCCUACCCGGGCUCCAGAGAAGGUUAUUUCACCAUAGGAACCUCAGAGGGAGCAGAGGAGGACCGAGCUGAGGGCAAGUGGGGCGAGUUGGCCUCCACCACUGUCCUUAGGUGGAUUCCCAAGUGUAUCACUGGCCUGACACCAUGGACUCCAGCCAAAGACACCUCAGGUGGGGAAAAGGAAACCGCUUCAGCAGAGGAGGGAGCAGAGAACUGAGCUGUGUGAUCAGCCCACAAUCCUCAUUUUUUAACCUAUGUUUAAAAGGCAAAAUAACAUAAACAUAUUAAUGAAUGUGUAAAUAAAUUUGUUAAGCUUGUA